GCAAACGUCUGUUGUCUGCGCUUUCCCGCCGUGUACGUCACUUUCCCUGAGUGAUGGAUUUCAGCUAGCGAUGGACGCUUACAUCAGCUGUCAGAGGCUGUGAUAGAAGGGAUCUAACUGGUUUGGACACAGCGCCAAGUUAUGGUGAGAGACAGCAUGAUGACAGAACUGCAAGCCUUCCAACCCUCUCUCCAGGGGAAAUCCCUGGCUUUGGGCCAAGCAGCGCAAAGCUGUAGAGGAAUUCAGGAGAAUGGGGUUGUGUCAGAGGACAGACAGCAUUUAUUCCCAGGCCUAUCAGAGAUCGAGAAAAGCCAGCCAGUGAACAUUCCUGAUGCAGCUAAAAGAAAGAAAAAGAAACGAACUAGAGCAACAGACAGCUUCACUGGCACCUUUGAUGACCUCUACAAGCUGACGGAUGAGGUGCUUGGUCAGGGAGCGUACGCUAAAGUUCAAGGAUGCAUCAGCCUGCAGAAUGGACAGGAGUUUGCUGUAAAGAUAAUUGAAAAGAGUGCGGGACACAGUCGCAGUAGAGUGUUUCGAGAAGUGGAGACGCUUUAUCAGUGUCAAGGAAACAACAAUAUACUGGAACUGAUCCAGUUCUUUGAAGACAGCACCUGCUUUUACUUGGUGUUUGAAAAAUUGCGUGGUGGCUCCAUUCUUACACAUAUCCAAAACCGUAAGCAUUUUGAUGAGUUGGAGGCCAGUAAGGUUGUCCGGGAUAUUGCCCAAGCUCUGGACUUUCUACACACUAAAGGCAUUGCCCAUCGAGACCUUAAGCUGGAGAACAUCCUCUGUGAAUACACAGAUCGGGUGUCACCAGUAAAGAUCUGUGAUUUUGACUUGGGAAGUGGAGUGAAGCUCAGCAGUGCCUGUACACCCAUAACUACACCAGAGCUCACAACACCGUGCGGCUCGGCUGAGUACAUGGCUCCAGAGGUGGUAGAGGUGUUUACAGAUGAGGCCUCCUUCUACGACAAGCGUUGUGACCUCUGGAGUCUUGGAGUCAUCCUCUACAUCCUGCUCAGUGGAAGCCCUCCUUUCACAGGUCACUGCGGCAGUGACUGUGGCUGGGACCGUGGGGAAACCUGCAGAACCUGUCAGAGUCACCUGUUUGAGAGCAUCCAGCAGGGGAAGUAUGAGUUUACAGACAAGGACUGGGCUCACAUCACAGAUGGGGCCAAGGAUCUCAUAUCCAAACUGCUGGUGCGAGAUGCCACCCUGCGCCUCAGUGCUGCUCAGGUCCUCAAGCAUCCUUGGGUGCAGGGGAAUGCUCCUGAAAGAGGUCUUCCAACUCCUCAUGUUCUACAGAGAAACAGCAGCACCAAAGACCUGACCCAGUUUGCAGCAGAAGCCAUUGCCUUUAACCGGCAGCUAUCUCAGCACGACGAGCAACAGCAGGACGUUGGCGCCAUAGUUUGCUCCAUGCGGCUUUCUCCUCCUUCCAACUCUAGACUGGCCCGCAGACGGGCGCAGUCCAACGCGCUGCGCACCAGGGACUUCGCACCCACUUCAGACGACUUUGCAGCCUGAAGGGCCAGUUCAAGGUCUCUUGUCACGGCCUCUGUCUGAUUUAAGCCUCAAUCCACACAGUAUCAGACGGGACUGACUGGUCCUGGUGUUAAAGCUCUUCCCUAUGGUCAGUAAUCUUACCACCUAGAGAGUCUGAGCACCAGGGGACAGUUAAUCUUUCUCUACCACUUAUUAAUUGAAAACAUUGUUGAAACUCCUGAGAAAUUGUCAAGGACUUUUUUUUAACCCUGUUUGAAUUAUAAACUAUUUAUUUAUGAUGACCCCAAAACUAAUACUGCUUUUUAUGGCAGCAGUUUACAGUCAGAACAUAGACCCCCCCAACACUUGUACUGUCUUAAUACAGUUAUAUUUUUUAAUACAUUUUAUUUUAAAUGUUGUCCAAUUGUUUUUAUUUAAAUUCUGCUAAUUAUUGCUCAGUGGAGAAAAGGGAUGAGAUGUUCUUUAUUUUUGAAGCAUGUAAUUGUUGUGUGUGGAUGUAUGUGGUUGAAAUGAUAAAUAAUGGACUUGAUGUUUUUAAGAAAUUCUUUAUUUUACCUACAUGUUUAAGUUAUAUUAAGUUCUCUUCUAGUAUUUUUUUAAUAGCCACACUAGCUACCUGUAGCACUGAUGUACUUUAGAAUACGUGAGUUAACCCAGUAUGGUGUUGUCCUGCACACCAGCAGUUUGGUCCGACAUGAGCCUGACGCCUAAAACAACAUUGUCUUUUUAAGAUUUUUCUUUUUACCUCAUGCUCUUUUUUUUAUUUUUUUAGAUUUUGCACCAAAUCGUCUCAGAUUUUUGUACUUUACAGCUGCAACACCAUCCCAAAAACAUUGUCUUAGUGUUUAUUUGUCUUAUUGAAAUGAUACAGUAUCUUUUUGGGUUUUCAGUGAUGAAUAACCUAAACUUAGUUUUACAUAUUGUACUGAAUGAGCCUACAGUGGGGCAUUGUGAGUAAUGUAGUGUGGUGUAAAAGUGAGGUGGAGGAUUUUAUAUUUGGUUUGAAGGGAUUUAUUUUUUCUACUGUUUGUAUUUUGUGUUUUUGGUUCUGCGAGUGUGCCUGAGCACAGAAUGAUGGAUUUCCUACACAAAGACUUUGCUCCAUCAAGUUGCUGUUGUUUAUUUUCUGCUUCUGAGCCCUUUCGUAGGCAAUACUUCACAUUUCCCUUCAGUCAUUGAUGAAAAUGGGAAUGGUGUAAUGCUCCCUCCCCCCCUAACUGUGUUAACUUUAUGUGUUGCCCACGAAAUGGCAUGUCCCUUGAUUUCACACUGUUGCCAUGGACACCGAAAUCCCUAUAGCAACUAAGGGCCUUCGUAGGCUAGUGGGAAUUGACAGAGAUUGCUCAGAGUGAAUACACACAUGAGGAAACAACCAUUUGCUAAGUUAAAGCUCUCUCACUCUCGUCAGCUUGUAAUGGCAUCAAAUGAGAUACAGUAAUUGAUAUGCAAUUAUGCAGCCCCACUGACGAAGCUCUUGUAGAGCAUAUUUUCACUGGAAUGCUGUGAUCUCAAUAAAACAUCCUUUAUAUGGA